AUGUACAAUAAAGCAAUCAUUUUAGUUGAAGACAUGUGCUUGAUGCUUACCAACAAACUAUUAAUACAAUUAGGAAUGACAACGCCCAAUCGCCCAAUGCACGACGUAUUUAAUCAAGAGUUGAGACGCGAAACCCAAUAUGAUUCCGAGGCAUUAAAAGAAACUGUUCUAAGAAACGUUCCCUUUUUAAAUGAGCAACAAAAAUAA